AUGACCCUCUUCUCCUUACUGCUGUUUCUUGGCAACAACAACAAUAAGAAAACAGCAGCUCUCUUUCGCAACCACCUCCUGCUCCGGCUGCACCGGAGAGGCCGAGGAAGACGACUGCUACGCCAUUUGCGGAGAUUGGGGAUCAGGAUGCCUUUUACUGGGAGGAUUGCUCCUGCUGAUGUGGAGGCAGCCGCGGGGAUUGCUGUUUCGAAGCCGAGUGUGAGUCUUACUGUGGUUGCUGCCCCUGCUGCGGUGGUUAAGGCUGCAGCGAGUCCCAGCAAUAUUGAAGCAGAAUUCAAAUGUGGACGUAUUAGCAAAGAGCCAUGCUACAUCAGUGUAGACUGCAAGGAAAUAUGCCCUAAAUACAAAUUCAAAACUGGAGUUUGCAUAACACUUCCUCAUCGUCUUACCAAUGGUUGUUGUUGUUCUAAUGAUGAAAGUAUUUGCUGCUAG